AUGGCUGACAGCUUCAUUCAAAUACUGGCAAAGCGUUCUAGUGCAAAUAAAACAAAACUGGCAAGGUUGGGGUCCGAAGACCAGCAGUUGGCCAAAGCUGGCUUGACUAGGUAUUCAGUAUACUGUUUACCGGCUUUGCGCAAGCGAGCAAGGAGGGCACUUCUGCUGCUGGGCCUCGAACCUAUUGAAGGAUCGAACCACCAAAGUAACGAGUGGUCUGAAUACAUCAGGAUUCCGACGUGGACGCCUGGCGACAGCUUGCUGGGCACAGAAGUCGAAAAGCUACAAGAGAAAGACUUUGCGCCAUAUUUAAUUGCUGGCACCGCAUAG